AUGUCUCUUCUGCUCAGCACAAUUGUAUCCAGCGCUCUUAAUGUGUUUCAGGAUACAUUCAUGUACUGGGCGCUGACUUUGGCCACAGCGGGCGUAUUGUACUUCGUCAGCACCACGCUCGCACCACAGCCGACCAGCCAGAACAGCAGCAUCCCGCACAUUCCCGCGUACAAGACCCUGCUCUGGAUGACAAAAGGUCCAAUAGGCCGCUUGCCGGUGUUGCAAAGCCUGCAGAUGCCAUACAUGAAACAGUGCGGUAUAUUCAAGACGCGCAUGUUUGGCGCGUGGGAGUACAACAUCGGCAGGGCAGACUACGCGCGAUUGGUGUUUAUGCACUCGGACAUUUAUGAAAAGGUCAAUGUGCGCCAGAUCUUGCCGCACACGCUCGGCCCGCGCGUCACAGGAAAGUCGCUGACCUUUGAAAACGGCAGCGCCUACCGCGGCCACCGCGCUGUUGUCAGCCCGGCAUUCCGCCGCUCUUGGCCGACAAUUAUGUUUGAAAACCCGCUGGUUGAGCUGAUGGACGUCAUCGAGCGCGAGUCUAACAGACCAAUCGACGUGUUGAGUGUGUUUCGCAGGGCCACAUUAGACGUUCUUGGGCAUGUCAUCAUGGGCUACAAUUUCGAGGCGCUGCGCAAUCCUGGAAACAAGCAGAAUGCAAUGUACGACUCUCUUCUCGGCGCAAUGCUGCAUCCAGUGUACAACAUGUUUCCGUGGCUGGACCUUUUUCCAAUUGGGGAGCGCGCUGGCUGA